UGUUGUCUAUCCAGUCUCGAGAAAUUUGGGAAGAAAGAAGGCAAUCCAAACCAAAAAUUCAUACAUAGAGUCGUAUCAUAAUUCGUAUAUACAAUCAUUUACAAAUACCCUCUCUUCUCUUCUCCCUCUCACUCUCUUUUUCAUUCUCCCUCCGCCUCCAAUAGCAAACCAAACAAACAAGCGCGAGUUCCAAUUUCUUGUUCUUGUUCUUGUUCUUCUACUAAAACCCUAACCGCCAUCGAUCCCUUCUAGAACCUUCGAUCCGUUACUGGGUUCGAUUCGGGCUCGUCAACGCUGGCGGGUCAAGUAAAUGUAGGAUCCGCCAAGUGUUGUUCAAGAUACCAGUGCUGCUACGCCGACCACCACCAUUUCCGCCGCCGCCGCCGCCAACAGUAGUGAAGUAUGCUGACCGUGCUGCGGGUGCACCUGCCUUCCGAUAUUCCCAUUGUUGGCUGCGAGCUCACGCCUUACGUUCUCAUUCGCCGCCCCGAUACCAACAUUAACAACGAUGAUGUUCCUGAAACCGCUCCCGUUGGUGGCCAUUUCUUGCGAUACAAGUGGUAUCGUGUACAUAGUGAUAAAAAGGUCGCUGUCUGUAGCAUACAUCCAUCUGAGCAGGCCACUCUGCAGUGCUUAGCUUGUACUAAGGCCAACAUACCUGUUUCCAAAAGUUACCAUUGCACCACCAAAUGUUUCUCAAAUGCAUGGCAGCAUCAUCGUGUCUUACAUGAACGUGCAGCAAAUGCUGCUAAUGAAAAUGGAAAUGAAGAGGAGGAAGUAUUUGGGCGCUUUAAUAGUUCUGGUUCAGGGGUAAUCAAUUCCAACUUGUCUGCCUCUGCUUUAAGUGCUAGCUUGACAAAUGGGUUUGCAGCACCUCUGUAUCCAGCAGCUGUCCCAAAAAGACUUGGUGGUGAAAGUUGGCAUGAAGUCGGACGAUCCAAGACUUAUAUCCCAACUGCUGAUGACAUUGGUCAUGUUCUUAAGUUUGAAUGUGCUGUAGUUGAUGCAGAGACAAAGUUGCCUGUUGGACAUGUGAACACUAUACUAACUUCGCAUGUCAUUCAUGCUCCCUCUCCCAUUCCACGGCGAAUGAUACGUGUUGAUGGCACGGGGCAUUUAGAUGCAAAUGGGCGUCAGUCAUCUUCAGGAACUUUUACUAUUCUGUCAUACAAUAUAUUGUCUGAAGCCUGUGCCUCAAAUGCUCUGUAUAAUUAUUGCCCUCCAUGGGCUCUUUCUUGGCCAUAUCGGAGGCAAAGUUUGUUACGAGAAAUUGUUGGUUACCGUGCAGAUAUUAUCUGUCUUCAGGAGGUUCAAAGCGACCAUUAUGAUGAGUAUUUUGCUCCUGAACUGGACAAACAUGGCUACAAUGGUCUUUUCAAGAGAAAAACAACUGAGGUAUCUAAUGGAAACACCAACACAAUUGAUGGUUGUGCGACAUUUUUCCGUAGAGACAGAUUCUCACAUGUGAAAAAAUAUGAGGUUGAAUUUAAUAAGGCUGCUCAGUCUUUAACAGAUGCUAUGGUUCCAACUGCUCAGAAGAAAAUUGCCUUGAGUCGGCUGGUUAAGGACAAUGUUGCACUAAUAGUGGUUCUAGAAGCAAAAGCUAACAAUCAGGGAGUUGAUAAUCCUGGGAAAAAACAGCUUUUUUGUGUGGCAAAUACACAUGUAAACGUACAACACGAUUUAAAAGAUGUCAAACUCUGGCAGGUGCACACUCUCUUGAAAGGAUUGGAGAAAAUAGCUGCAAGCGCAGAUAUCCCCAUGUUGGUUUGUGGAGAUUUUAAUUCAGUUCCAGGAAGUGCUCCUCAUGCACUUCUUGCAAUGGGGAAGGUAGAUCCGUCACAUCCUGAUUUAGCAGUUGACCCACUUAAUAUUUUACACCCUCACAGCAAGUUGGUUCAUCAGUUACCACUGGUCAGUGCAUACUCAUCUUUUGCAAGAACGGUUGGCCAUGGAUUUGAGCAGCAUAAAAGGAGACUGGAUGGUGGAACAAAUGAACCUUUAUUCACAAAUGUCACUAGAGAUUUUAUUGGCACUCUAGAUUACAUAUUUUACACAGCGGAUUCAUUGGUUGUGGAGUCAUUGUUAGAGUUAUUGGAUGAGGAGAGUUUGAGGAAGGACACUGCACUUCCCUCACCCGAAUGGCCCUCAGAUCAUAUAGCUCUUUUAGCUGAGUUUCGCUGCACUAGGAAUAAAUCUAGACGUUGACACUUGAAGGUCAGAUCUAGAAAACGUGAAGGUAAAGCUGGAAGAGGCAGUUGGUUGGUAAGUUCUUGAAAGAGGAGUGGAUCAAGGCUGUCUUUUCCUGGUAUCUCCGUGUGGGGAUCCUUGCAGUUAUCUGCUUUGUAUCAUGGCACCUCUUUAUCUCAGAAAAAUUAACGACUAUUAUGUCUUUAACACCCUCCCCCUGUUCCCCUACUCUCCGGGUUCUUUUUGUUCAAAAGGUGAUUUUUUUCCAGUAAACGACUAACUUCAUCCAUUAUAGUGGCUGCUGAACUAGGGGCUCUGAUAUCUAUAGUGAUAUUAUCCAAAUCAUAGUUUUUUUUUUUUAAUGUUUUUACUCUGUUAAUCAGAAACAUGACAUCAAAUUGGGAAUGACCUAAUUGAUAAUGAAGUAGGAGAAUUCUACCCAGAUACUGAGAUGAGUUACUCAAUGUGGGCAUGGAAUGUGAACUGUAUUAGCAGUAACAUAGGAAAAGAUGCUUACUAUUAGUGAUUGUAAAGAAGGGCAUGGGAAGUUCAAUUCUUGAUAUUUCCGCCAUCCCUUUCACAGAUAUUGAUAGCAAAUGAUCAUUCAACCCAUGUCCUUGAUAGAGAAUAAGUGACUUUUUUUCCAGUGUGAUAUGAGAUAAUGCAUAGAUUAUGGUUUUGCCGAA